AUGGACACCUUCCAACUCAAAGCGCGGUGCGCGCCGGGAGGCGGGGCCAGGUUCAGCCCCCGACCCCUGAGCCCCCAGGUCAACCCCAAAGGGGAGCGGGCGCGGCGCAGGGCAGCUGGGACGGGGCCCAGCUGGUGGCUCCAGUCCACCCUGGCCCUGCCCGGUUCGCCCCGGGGCCCACCUGACUGCGAUGGCGCCGCGUCCGCCAGGCCCGGCUCAUCACCGUGGCCGCCCCCGGCCGCUCGGGUUUCGCCCGCCUCCGGCUCCGGCUCCGGCUCCGGCCCAGGCACCUCCAGCGCCCGGCCCCGGCCCGGCCCCGCUGCCGCCGCCGCCGCUGACAUCAUCGGCUCCCCCCGCCCCGGUCCUACCCCCACCUCCACCCCCGGAAACAGUACCCCCCCAGCGCCGCCGCCGCCACCGCCGAGAGGAGGCCGGCGCAGCGCAGCCGACACCGACGCGAGGCUCUGGGGCUCCGGCUCCGGGCGAGCGCGCCCGACGGCCCUCGUCCGGACCGACCUCGGGGAGGGAACGGCGCCGGGCAAGGCCGCCAGACGGCUGGGCACCGAGCAGGGAGCGGGGACUCCCCGUCCCCCAACCCCCCGCUCGCCCUUCACUGAUCAGUGCACUCCGCCCAGAGCUGGCAGUCACCCCUACUUCAACCUGCUGGACUUCACCCAGCCAUCGCCACCCUCCACUCCGCCCUACCUCCCCUCGAACCAGCGCUGCCGGCCCUCUAAUGCCACCAAGGGUUUGCUUGUAGUCCUGCUGGGUGGAGGCCUCCUUACUGGCUUUGCAGGUGCCUUGUUCCGUAUGGUUUACCAAGCUUCCCACUUAACCCCACUGGAGCUGCUCAUCUUACUUAAACUGCAUGACCCAGGGGUGGGACUUCCUGAUGUCUGGGGCCAGGUCUGCCUCCAUGUCCUGCUCAGUGUCCUCAGCAUGGGAUGUGCCUACAGUGCAGUUCAGUUGAUACCUGCUGGUGAUGCAGCCACCAUCUGCAAAGUUUCUUCUUCCGUCUGCUCUGCUCUCCUUGCCCUCUGCCUUGAGAGCCAGGGUCUCAGCGGCUAUGACUGAUGCUGCUUGUUGGGCAGCACCUUGAGACUAAUCAUCAUUGUGGGAUCUGGACUAAGGACACUGCUGGAGGGAACCAUGGGCUUGUACACUGCCAUGGGCUACACACUCGCUUUCCUGGGUGGCCUCACACUGUCACUGGGGUUUCCCAUGUGUUGCUCCCUGGACUUCCCCUCUUGCCUACCAACAGUGGCCUUCCUGUUUGACUUGGUGGGGUUGAUGGUCUCUGUGCCAGGUCUCUUUAUGAUGCAGACCCCCGUGCUGCCCAAUGUUCCUCUCAGUUGGAGCUGUGUGGGGGCAAUGGGGAUCCUUGCCAUGGUCACCUUUGUGUGUGUGAGCUAUGCUGUCACCAAGGUCCGCCCUGCUCUGGUGUGUGCUCUCCUGCACUCUGAGGUGGCGGUAGCCCUGUUGCUGCAGUAUUAUAUGCUCUGUGAGAUUGUGGCACCCUCUGACAUCAUGAGGGCAGGGGUCAUGUUGGUCAGCAUUGCCAUCAUGACUGCCCAGAACCUCAGGUGUGAGAGGGAAGGGCAGGGGGAGGAGCAAGAUUGAAUUUAAGAGCCUGAAGGUCAGGGUGUGUAUGUGGGGGUGGGGGGGGGCAGGGGUAAAUAGCAGGAGAGACUGCAAUAUAAACAUGGGAGAACAAGUGCCUGGAAAAGAACUGGUGUGGGAGAGGGACACCCCUUGGAGUCAAGGGUGACUUGGGGACUUGGUGGAGAGGGACCUUCUAGAAGACCUAAAACUGAUAGGGAAAUAUUUACAAGGUCAGCAAUCUAGUCCAGGUGGCUCCCUUCUGCUUCUAACCUAGGACUGAUGGGGAGUCUGUCCCUGCUACAGCACUCAUAAAACCCCCAGCCCCACCCCCACAGGGCUGGAGAGCUUCUAACCUAGUGGUUCCCUCCUCCCCUUUAUUCCUCUCUCCACUAGGUACUCACUCCCCCAAUUCCCUUUUCCCCUUGCUUGCUGCUUACUUGCUGUGCACAUAGAAAUGUUGCAGAUACGGAAGCAGAAAGACAUAUAUUGCUACCCUUGCCUCUGUUUGGGGCUCAAACCUUGGUAGAUUACUCCCCUCUCAGACCGCUGGUGUAAAAUAAAACCUCAACACUCCAAGACCUCCGAGUGCCGCUUGGUUCUUCUAUCAGCGAUCCAGUCCAGGUUUUUCAGGUUUUCCGUGACAAAA